AUGGAUGCACAAGUUGUUUUAGAAGAAAGUAGUGAAGAUAACUUAGAGUUAACUAAUUUCAUAGCUUCUUUUGAUUAUGAAUCUGUAACUUCUUUCAGUUAUGAAUCAAUCAAUAUUACUAGACAUAUUCUAACUGAUGAGGGUUUUACUAAGCUAAUGGCAGAGGUAUUUCCAUCUUACAAAUUACCCUCAGAAAAGAUAAUUAAAUCAAUAUUGUUAGAAUCUUAUAACUACAUUAAACAAACUAUAG